CAUAGCAUUUUAUUAAUUUAUUUUUCCGGCCGAAAAUGGCUGCCACUCUCAACUAAACCUGCGCGUAAAGGAUUAACUGAGCAGCAAAAUUCCCAGCGCCGCUUCGAGACAAUACUCCGAGACGGCAGGGCGUAGUCUGUGCGGCGCCUUCACAAAGAUGUUACGGCGAUCAAGGAAGGGAAAUGAUUACGACUCGAAAUUAACCCUUUCCGGCCCGAAAUCCAACAACAAAUGAGAAAAUGAUGCAUCAAGUGACCAGCAGCAGUAGCGACUACUGCAUGAGUGGACUGGGAGACGAGUGUCAUCCAGCAGGACACUUUGAUUUAUGUAGCACACAGUCAAACAAAUUCUACCCCUCUGCGACUAACCCUGGUCUGCAGCUGUCCCUCUCCGGCCUUGCCCCUUUGCCACAGGGGAUGCACAAAGCCAUGGCAUGCCAGUUACAGGACUCCCAGAACGACUUCCAGCCACAAACAGUGAGAAUCAGAGGCAGCGAGGCCCUGGGGCCCGAUGGCUCUAAGAAAAAGAAGGGCAUAGUGAAAUCAGGCCGGAGAGGGAGGCCGUCCGGGACCACAAAGUCAGCCGGGUACCGUACAAGUACCGGGCGUCCACUCGGGACAACUAGAGCGGCCGGGUUCAAAACCAGCCCGGGGAGGCCGCUCGGAACCACCAAAGCAGCAGGCUAUAAGGUCAGCCCCGGCAGGCCGCCCGGCAGCAUCAAGAGCGGGGCUCGGUUCAAGAAGCUAGAUUUCAAUUGUGACGCCACCAAGAAACUUGACUUUAACAACUGCAGUGGUCCCAAGAAACUGGACUUCACCACCUGCGACGUUCCACCUUUUCCGUACACCAUGAUGGAGAAAAGAGACCUCUGUGAGUCUGGUGGAAAAGCGGACGAGAGCGGCGAAUAGUUCUGCAGCUGACUGUACGGUGUUUGUGAAAACACAUGGUUGCAUGAGAACAAGGAUGCCAAGGAAACCAUUUGUCAGAUGCUGGCAUAAAGAACUGUUUUUUUUUUUCUUUUUAACUUAGCUUUAGACACUUUUCUCAUCUCAUAACAAAUGACUGAAGUAUGUUGUUCCACUUUGACAAAGAUGCAUGCAUAUGAAUUAUUCACAUCAAUCAUUAUAGAGAAAUAUGUAUCAGUUUGUGGUUCAAAGGUCACAGGAGUUGUCUUUAUCCUCCAGUAAUCAUUUUGUCCCUGAGUUGUUCUCUUUACUCUCUUUCUAUAGCUGAGGUCUUGUGACAUUUUCUACACUCAUAAACGUUUUAAGUACAAUAAUUCAAUCGCACCAUCUUCCUCGAGCAUAAGCGUGUAAAUGUGUAAUCGUCUUUUACGUAUUGUCCAACAUGUUAUUUUUUUUGUUAUGGGAACACAGCAAAAAAUAAUGAUAGUAAUAACUGAUUAGACUGAACUGUUAAAACUCAAUGUGUAACACUGUUUGGACGCAGCAUUUGCUUUUCCUGCAUUUUGUAAAUACAAGUUUUGAUCAUGUAUCGUAACAAUAUGUUUCCAUCCCACUUGCACUUCCAUAUUUACAUGUAUGUUGUUAUACUGAUCGUUAGAAAACAAAAUAGAGCUCCAUGAAAAUGACAAAAAAAAAUUGCUUUGUGAUUAUGUAAUAAAUGCUCAUGUGCUGUUUGUGAAACCAAAAUAAAAGAAAAGGAAUCGUC